GAUGCAAUGAAGAAAUGGAAGAAGAGUCCUCCUCUAAUUCCUAAAGGUGACUCAUCAAGUGACAGCAGUGGUACACCAAAACAGUCCACUCCUACAACAUCCACCCCAUCCUUAGUUUCAGAAAGCUCUCACCAGUGUCUAACAUCUAGCAGUGCAACCCUGACAAGUACCCCACUGUCUCACCCAAGUUCUUGCUUGGGAAUAGUGCGGGGCAACUCCCAGUUUUACAUCGGUUUAUGUGAUGAUAGUACAGUCUGUGAUGACCUAUCGUACUUUGAGGAUUUAAUAACUGCAAGUGGUGAUACUCAUGGUCCACCAGUGCCAAAUGGAGGUGUGGAAGCUCAGUCUACUCCCACAGUUCAGGGCAGUAACACUGGGAGUAUGGAGGAACCAGAUGUGACCUUUACUAGUAAUCCUCUCGAUAGCAGUCGUACCCGACAAGCUAUUGACAAUCUUCACCAAAAAGUUGCUCGAACCAAAGAUCUAAUAAAGCUUGAGCAGACAGCUCGAGAUGAAAAUGUGAAUGAAUACCUCAAACUUGCUGCCAGUGCCGAUAAACAGCAGCUUCAGCGGAUAAAAAAUGUGUUUGAAAAGAAAAACCAGAAAUCAGCACAAACAGUAGCUCACCUGCAGAAGAAGCUAGAAAACUACAUCAAGAAGGGAAAAGAACUUGAAACUUUUGGUCUACCUGCUAGUCACUGGCAAGCAAAGGGCAUGUUGCGUGAUGUUGGACAAGGAAUAAGUGGUGUUGUGGGAAAUAUUAAAGGAGGUUUAUCAGCAGCAACCCAUACUGCAGCAGAGUAA